UCAGUUUACACAAGAUGGCGUCGAAAUUUGAAGAAGGUCGCCAUUGGGCACAAGUUAUUUUCACCCAUGACAGCAAACCUCCCGUCCUUAUUGAUAGAGAGCAGAUCACACUGGGCAGGAAAGAAGAUUGUGAUAUCAGCUUUCCUGGCUGCAAAUUUGUAUCUGGUCAUCACUGUACUAUUACAAGAGAUCCAGGUGGCACAGUUUGGCUUCAAGACUUUAGUACCAAUGGAUCAUUGUUGAAUGGGAAGAAAAUUGACAAAGAGAAGAAAAUACAGAUCAAUCACAAUGACCAAGUACAAAUAGUUCAUCGAAAGGAUCACCCUGGAAGUGAUAUAGCAUUUGUUUUUCAAGAUUUAAAGGUUUUGAAAGAAGAAGCAGAAUUACUAGAUAACACUUUGGAGUAUGACAACGAUACAGAGGAAGAUGUUUGUGAGGACGAAGAUGUCAAACCAAGUGAGGCAGCAUUUGUUUCUCAAAAAAGGUCUCAUAGUGAGGCUGGAGAUACAGAUGAAGGACCUGUGUCAAAAAGGAAGCAUCAAGAAAGUGAAGAGGGAGCUUCCAGUAGCAAAAAACCUGAGUUUCUUCCUCAUAACUCCAUUGCUGAUACUCUGCUUUGUAGUAUAUGCCAAGACAUCUUUCAUGAUUGUGUGAGUUUACAGCCAUGUAUCCAUUCAUUCUGUGCUGCUUGUUAUUCACAAUGGAUGGAUCGCUCCAAUGAAUGUCCAACUUGUCGUAAAAAGGUUGAAAGAAUUAGCAAAAACCACAUCAUUAACAACUUGGUAGAAGCAUUCUUGAAGGAACACCCAGAGAGACGGCGAACAGAAGAAGAGCUAAGAGAAAUGGACAGUAACAAUAAAAUUACAGAGGAUAUGCUAAGACCAAAACAUAUAAGAGGUUUGUUUGCGUCAUCAUCCUUUGGUGAAGAUGAUGAUGAUGGCGAGAGUGAUGUCAGUAGUGCCAGUGGUGUUGAUGACAGCAGUGAGUCUGAUGACCCUGAUAGAAUCAGAGGUGCAACUUUCAUGCCUUCUUCAUUUGGGGGUUUAUUUGGAUUUUCUUCUUUAAUAAGGUCUGUUCCAACAAACUGUCGUCUCUGUCCUGGAUACAUUUCCCCAACCACUUUGACAGCUAUGGCCAGUACUGCUAGUGAAGGUGCAUCAACAAGUGUGACACCACCUGACUACACAUGUACUCCUGAUCAGAUCCACAUCCUAUGUCAGUGCUGUCUUCAGCCAAUGCCACACAGAUGGCCUGAUUCAAUGACAGCAAGUAUUCCUGCCCAGAAGUGUUCAGUUUGUCAAAAGGCAUUUUGCCAUUUGCUAUGGGGCUGUCAUGGAAGUGGCUGUUUGGGAUGUCUCAAUAAAUUCAAAGAUUUCAAUAUUGGAGAUAACACUUUCUUGGUAAUAAUCAACAACAAUCCAUAUGAAUCCAAAAUACUUAAGGAUUACUUAACCGAACAAAACAUUUGUGAAAAAGACUUGUUACAGAAGUGUGUUCUAAAGCUGGACUCUAAAGAAUACACGACAGUGGUCGAUGUGAGACAGAAAUCCAUGGGAGACCAAGUUUGGUUCGGAUUAGCGCAAGAUGCAGCAAGCCAUGAUAUCAACUCAGAAAGUGUGCUUUGUUACAGAUGUGCAUUGCGGAAUUUCAAGGAGCUAGCGUAUCAGUUUCGUCGUGACAUACCAAUGGAUCAGCUACCAGAGACAGUGCAUAGACGUGCUGAUUGUUAUUGGGGUAAACAUUGCCGAACUCAGAGGACUAAACCACUUCAUGCAAGUCGCUUCAAUCACAUUUGUGAACAGACAAGAUUUACAUAGCUGACAUUAUCUUUAUCAGCAAGAAGUUUGCCCAACAGUUUGCCAGUAACUAUUACAGUAAAUAAUGCAUGGUGCAUCAUGGACCACACUAAUCAAAAUACAAAUAUAUCGCAGCAUACUUUUUCAAACUGAUAUUGUCCUCGAAACACCUCAUUUGUGUGUUAUUUAAUGUUUAUUUGAAUAAAAAAGAGAUGAACAAUUUUUACAAAUUUGGUCAAAAUUCACUAAGUAAUUAUCAAAUAUGACAAUGUUACAUACUUAUUUACAAAAGCUUUAAAAAUGAUGUUCCAAAAAUUAAAAUAUUUGUUCCUUAAGACAUGGUUGCUCACAAAAGUUUUCAAAAGACGAUGAAAUAUAACGAACUCAAAGUUACAGACAACGCCCGGCUUUGAAGGUAUUAAGCAAUUAGAGAGAUUAAAGACUUGGUCGCCCGCAUUGACGAUGAUCUGUGGAAUGUUAAAAGAGAAUCCGAGUCAAUGUGACGAUUUUAAGUCAAACGAAAGUACAGGUAGUACUACAGUUAACACAAUGCUAAAUUAUUGACAGGUAAAUUUUUGGCAUUUAAUUUACUGAACAGCACUACACUUACUUCCGUAUAUUGUGUUACUGGCAAAACACCUUACGAGGUCUUGCGACAAUGAUUCAACUUAGGGAGCUUAUAACAUGCAUUUUACAGUUUACUUAUAUUUUUCCACGGGAAACAGUGCUCGCCAUAAUAAGAUGUAAUGGGCGAUGGUAAGGAUAUGGACACCUUAGACAGUUGAAAAAAAGAUUGGGCGAGUACUUUGCAAAAGUACUAAAG